AGUAUUCAACCUGCAACUGCUGCCAUCAUUAUGUGAACCAAGGAGUCAAGGCAAGAGGAUUGCGCAACGAAAUGUUGUUGGUGAAUCAACAACCCCGCCAAGUCAGCAGUGUUACUUCAAUUGCCCACCAUCCGGGGCUGGGGAACACUCGUCUCACAUGCUUCUAGCAGUCCAGCAGCCAAGUCAACCUCGUCUCUGUCAACCCGCCACGAUUAGACUCUCUUCUCGUCACUCUUGGAUCUGCUAUCCUUCCGUCUUGGUCCGUACUUCGGACCGGAUUCAUCGGCAGUGCGGCACUACAAUACCUCGCCAAUGUCACAAACGCGUGGCCUUCACCGAAUCCCACCAUACUCAGCCCAAUUGUCCACCGCCCGGCCCGCCGGGGUAUUCUCAACAGUAUCCGUAUUCCAAUCUUUAAUUUGGUCUGUUAACGA